AUGGAAAAAAUGGAAAUGAUUUCAUCUCAUUUGCCUCUUGUAAAAGACAGAGGAGAGUGGAAUCAAUAGACAUUUAUAAUUAGACCCAAAUUUGAAAAGAAAUAGAGAUAAAGCAUCGAUAAUUAAUUAGAGAUAUAAUUUCCAUUGCAUAGAGAUUUUGACUUUGUAGCUAAUCAUGCUAUGGGUUUCAAAGGAAAAGGAAAUGUUGACUUAUUCAAGUUUUACUAUAGAUUGUAUAUGAAGAAUAAAUUUGCAAUUCAGAAAAUAAGAAAAGAAAAGAAAGCUAAAGAGGGAUAAAAAAAGAAUGAAAAUACUAAAAAAUAAUAAUUGAAUUAAACUGAAGAACCAAAUACAGAAGAGAUACGUAAUGCAUACAAAACAAUAGAGAUUAAACCACCAUCUUAACAAAAAUAACUGAAAUUUGUUAGAGAAUGCAUUAAAAAUUUAUAAUAAUAAGCUGCUAUUGUCAAUAAACAUAUAGAAUUACCUAAAUUAGUAUCUCCAUAAACUUAAAUAAAAAUAGUAAAUAUUGAUACAUCAAAAAUCCCUUAAGCUAAAACAAGAGAUUAAUAAUUGGAAUUAGAAGAAUUAAUGCUAAGUAGAGUAGUAUAAGCAAUAUAGGAAUCUCAAAUGGUUUCACAUGAAGAUGUAAGAAAAGUAAGAGAAAUUAUUAUGUAACGACAUAAUUAAUUAAGUGAAAUAGAGAGAGAAUUAUAAUUAAAUUAAAUUCUUGGAAUCAAGAAAUAAAUUUAUGAAAGAGAAAUGGCUAUAAAGAAUGAAUUAAAUAAACCUCCAGGGAUUGAUAAUCCUGAUAAUUUUAAUAAUUUUAAUGAAUUAAGUUCUAUUUAAGAAGUAUCAAUUAUUAAAUCUAUGCAAUACAAAUCAUAACCUAAUGUAAGUGUUACUGAAUAUAAAUUUCAUAAUUAUGAAGAUGAACCUGAAUUAGAAGAUAUAAUUAAUAAAAAUAAUAAACUUAAUUUAAAAUAGAAAUAAAUAGAAGAAACACUUAUAUAAGAAUAAUCAACUGAAAUGCAAUCUAUCUUACAAUAAAUUAGAUCUACUUCUCUUGCUACAAAAGGAAAUGAAACUGAACAUAGUAAAGAAAAGAUCUAAGAUAAAAAUAAAUUAUUACCAACUUUAAAAUUCUUAGAAUAAGCAAAAUAAUAAAUUGUUUAAAGAUCUGAUAAUGAUAGUCAAUAAUUUUAAUAACCAUAUUUUUAACCUGAUAUUGGUGAUACUAGCAAGUCUAAGGUUUAAUAAAGUCUAUCUAUGGUAUCAUAAUUACAAAAUAAAACAAGUAAAACCAUUAAAUCUAGUGUCAAUAGAUCAAAUUAAUUGGCAUCUUCUUAAUCACAUCAUCAUUCAAAUUAAUUAAGUAUUGAAAAGAAACAAACUGAAACUAUGAGAAAAAGUGCCUAUAAAUUAAAUGAAGAAUAAAAGGUUAAAGUAUCAUCAAAACAACUAGAUGAAAGUGAUGAUAUACAAUUUGAAAGAUAAAAUUAUUAUGAAAUGAAAUUCAGUUAAAUUCUAUAAAGAGUAAUUGAUUAAAAGAAAAUUUAAGGAGGAGCAGCAGAAGAAUCUUAACUAUCUCAAACUCUCUCCUAAGUUGAAUCUGAAACUGUCUAAAAAAUAACAUAAAAUCUAGUAUCUAAUAUCAUUAAUAUGCAUAAAAAUCCAACUCCAAUUAUGGAUUAACCUUCUACUUUCAAUUAUUUAGAUAUUGAUUCUGAUGAUUAAGAAAAAGUAACUUAAAGUAUACCAGUAAUGAAAAAUGAAGAUGUUCCUGAAGAAUUACGUAGACAUCUUUCUUAUAAUAGAGACAUAUCUCAUUUAGAUCAUACAUUUAAAAUUGAGAGUUAAGUGUCACUAUCUGAUAAAAAAUUGAAUGAAGAAUAAAUUGCUAAUAUUAUUUAAUAAAUUUCAUAAUAAUUAUAAUAAGCUCAAAUACCACAUGAUCAAAUUGAAAAAUAAUUAAAUGAAGUUACUAAUAUUUUACUUAAACAUCCUAUUAAUAAAUUAUCAUCUAAAUUAUUAAAAUAAUCCACUACAAUUAUGUAAAAUGAACCAAAUAAAAAGAUAUUUUUAGAAGAAACUAGAUAUCCAAUUAAAGCACCUAAAAUAUCUCAUAAUAAAGAAUAAAUUGAUUAUUUAAAAUUUUAUGAAGAAAAUGCUCCAUCAAAAUAAGAAAAAUCAAGGAAAAGCUAUAAAAUAUAAGAUAAUACUAAAAGAUCCAAAUAAUCUGCCAUGAUUAAAAAUAUGUCUGAAGAUGAAAGAAAACAAUUUCUAGAUUCUCAUAAAAUAAAUCUUUAAGAAAGAGCUAAUUCUUAAGAAAUGGAUGAAGAAUUAAACUUUUUAUAAUCUGUUAUUGAUGAUCAAAAGAAAUAAAGAGAAUAAAUAUUUACAAAGAAAUAAUCUUAACCAAUUUAAUCAGGUAAAAAUACAUCAAGAGAUUAAAUUGAUUUUGAUGAAUCCAGUGAAAAAUAGUAAAAUACAUUUAGAUCUCAUAAUCCACCAACUAAUAUCAAUUAUGAAUCUGAUCAAAUUAAAUAAGGAUAAACAGAAACCAAUUUUAAUCUAAGAAAACCUUAAAUCAAAUAAAAAACUGAUUAAACUUUUAAUAAAUCUGAAAAUACUUAACAAUUUUAAAUCUCUAGUUAAUAAGGUACUUAAAGAUCAGAUCCACAUAAAAGUAAAACUAAAAGAACAAAUUAUGAUGAAUAAUAUUAACCUGAUGGAUCUUUAAAAUCUAAUGGUACCUAAAAAAGUUUAAAAUAAGGUUAUAGAGAAAGUAGUGAUAAAGACAAUGAAAAAUAAGAAGUAUAUUCUCCAAACUUAUCAGUUGAAGAAGUACCUCAUUAAGAUGAAUAUGAUCAAUUAACAGACAAAGAAGAUGAAUAAUAUGUUGAAGAAAUCUAAUAAUAAAUAGAUGAAAAUGGAAAUACUAUUAAUAUAAUAACAAAAAGAACUAUCAAACAAGUGACUGAAAGAACAAAGAAGUCAGAACCUAAAUAAAGUGAAAGAUCUAAAAAAUCAAAAUAAUCAGAUUAAUAAUAAUAAUAAUAAUAAUAAUAGCUAUAAAUAAAUAAAUAAAAUCCAAGAGAUAAAACACAAUAAUCUUAGUAUUAAGAAUAGGAAUAAUAGUAAAACUAAGAAUAAAAUUAAGUUUAAUAAACUAAAUAAAUAUUAAAUUAAUAAGAAUCAAUUAAUAAUAAUAAUAAUAAUGAAGAUAGAUAGAUUAAAUUAAAUUUUCAACGUUAGGAUAGUAAUUAAAAUAUUGCUGAGAAUACUUAAUCUUAAUAAUUAAGAAAUAGAACUAAUUUAUAGGAUAUUUAAUUGAAAAACUAUUAACCUUCAUAAAAUUAAUCAUUAGUCAAUAGUAGUGGAACACCUCAAUAAAAUAAUACUCCUCUUUAAUAACCUGUUAAAAAGUAAGGAAAUAAGAAAACUAAAUUUGAAGAUUAAAGUAAUACACCUUAAGCAAAAUUAUAAAGAGUGAAAACAAAAUUAUCAAGAUUUUAAGAAGCUGCCAAUAAUAAUGAUGAUGAAGACUAUGAUUAUGAUUGGGAUGAAGAAGAUCCUAGUAAUAAAAAGAAGAAAAAUACAUCAAAAUCAAGUAAAUCUACUUUGAGAAAUGAUAUUUAAUCACCAUCUGUAUCUCCAAUGGCCAAGUAAUAAAACUAAGCAACUAUAGCAAAAAAGAAAGUUUAUGAUCUAAAAUAGGAAUAUGAAUUAAUUGCAAGAUAGAAUUUGAGUUUGGCUGAUCUUAAAAAGGAUAUUGAAAAGAAAAUUACAUAAUUAUAGAAUCCAGAUGAUGAAGCUAAAUAUAAUAUAUAUCUUUGUAAAUUUAUUUGAUAAAAUAUAUUAGAUGAAUAACGUUAAAAGUAAUUGAAGAAUUUACCAUAAGCAAUUGAAGGAUUAGUUAAUGAUAAGAGAGAAAAUGAAGAUGCUUGUGGUGAUAUGAUACGUAAAUUUCAUGAAAAUAGAAUGAGAUACAAAGAUGUAAUAGAGAAAGAUUAAACACUUAAAUUUACUAAUCAAAUUUAAUUAGAUGAUGAAUAAUAAACUUAGAUAAACACAUAAUCUCAUCUUGAUGAAUAUAUGAGAGAAGUAUAAAUGAAUAUUUAAAGAAUGAUUUAAUAAGUAUAAUUAGGUAAAUUAUAUAUAUAAUUAAUUAGAAUAAAUGAGAGAUCAUCCUGAAGUAAGAAAAGAAUGCUUUGACUUUGAUACAAGUAUAAUUUAAUAAAGAAAAAUGGAAUCAUUAGCAAGUGAAAUAGUAUAGACUUAAGCUUAAAUGCAAAUAUAUGAAGAACCUACAUAAGAGACUUAAAGAAAGACUCAACGUUUAGAAUAAGAUUCAAUAAUUUCUAAUUAGAUUGAUAAAAAAUUUGAAAUUUUAGAAUAGAAAUUAAGAUCAUUGAAAUUGAAGAAUCCAGAGAAAUUUAAUUAAAUUGUAAAUACAGAGAUAAUAAAAACAGAUUUAUUUUUGUCAACUACAAAACACAAAUAUAUUUUAGAAUGA